AUAUGCUAUGCAGAGACUGGGUUGUCCUGCUCACUCUCCCGCGUCAUUUCACAUCGAGCGCAUUGACACAUUUCUGCCCAUGACGCCAGUGCCGCCAUCUACGUCCAUCGUGGACGUACUUCUUCAUGCCCCCUUGCUGUCGACGGUGCUGCAAUUUCAGCAUGGACUCUCCCCCGACCUCCUCGAACGCUACGCCGAAUGCAAAACGAUGCAACCCUUGCUUGACUGGGACAAUACCUGUCUCUAUCGCCUGCCACCACGGUACACCCUCGCCGCGACGGCCAACGAUCUUCCCCGGAAACUUCCCCACAACCUGGCACACCUGUCAGCACUACCUGACGACGAUGCGACAACUCUCGUGUCGACCAACGAGCUGUGUCUCCACGGUGACUCCCCGACAUCACACAUUGCGUUCCACUUGGCCAUCCUCGAAGGCGACUCGCGCAUCGUGCGGCAAUGGAUCAACUUUCACGGCGGUUCCCGUGCUUGUGUCGUCCUCACGCCGGCGGCAAUGGAUUUCUGUGCGCGAAUCGGUGCCCAGGACUUGCUUCGCAUGCUGCUUGCAACAACCCCCCAGCGAUGCACCACCCGUGGCGUGGAUGCAGCUUCCAAACAUGGGCACCUGUCCACCCUCAUGGUGCUCCACGAGCACCAUACGUCGUGGUCCGCCGCGGCGCUGGACGGCGCCGCUUUCCACGGACACCUCGACGUUGUGACAUUUCUCCAUGCCCACGGGGCCCCAUGCACCACCCUCGCCAUGAGCGGCGCUGCUUCCCGCGGACACCUUCACGUCGUGCGUUUCCUCCAUGAACGCCGCGACGAAGGCUGCACGAAAUGGGCUAUGGAUGCAGCUGCAAAGCAUGGACAUUUGGACACGGUGAAAUUUCUCCACACCAACCGACGCGAAGGAUGCACGGACGCCGCGCUUACGUCCGCCGCCGCCGCGGGUCAUUUGCACGUCGUGCAAUACCUAUGGACGCAUCGGCCGUUGGAUUGCCCCCUUCUCCUGGCGUUGAAUGCCGCCCACGUCCAUGGACGCGUGCAUGUGACAGCGUACCUCGAGCAGCAGCAGAGCCGCCCGUCUUCGUCGUAACGUUACCUCCUUGUAUUAGCAUUGUGUUUGUUUCACAAUAUGAUAUGUCACCAUGACUUGUUCAUGUGGUCAUGUUGUUCUGGA